AUGGGCGACAAAGCGCAGUACGAACACCUGCCCAUUCCCACCUACGAGGAGGCCACCUCAUCCCGCCCUGCUUCGUCGCAAUCACGGCUCGGCCCAGAAGAGAUCAGCGACGAUGCCGAAAGGCAAGGCCUUCUCGUCUCCGCGCGGAACUAUCGCCCUCCGACCGUCGAGUCCGCGCGACCGAGUCUCGACUCGCUCGACGGCAUCGAACAAGAUGGCGAGAACGAGGUCCGCCGCGAGAUGCAGCAAAUGGACAUUGAAGACCCUCUGAGCGAUGCCUCCUCGAACCGAUCCCUCCUACGCUAUCGCCUGUCCAAGUCGUUCUCCAGCUUCACAAACUCCUUUUCCUCCCUGACGUUGCCUUCCUUCCGCAAUUACCUCUCGAACAUACGAUGGCCGAGCAUAAAUUACCAACAGUUGGACGCGAAUCGCGUCGUCAUUCUGGGACGGCUGUUCGGGGUUUUCCUCAUCAUGGGGGUGCUCUAUGUACUUAUAGCUUCAGACGUGUUAUCCUUCGGAAGGAAUCGGAUGGGCAUGGGUCAGAUGUACGACCCCGAGUCCAUCAGAGUAUUCGUACAAAAUCACAUGAACGAUCAUGGACAUAUGCAGAAAUAUUUGGAGCACAUUACGGAUUUCCCACAUAUCGCAGGCACCGAAGGGAACUAUGUUCUGGGCGAAUGGGUCGCGGAGCUUUUCAAGGCGGGCGAGUUGGAGGACGUUGAGAUGGAAAAGUACGAGGUCUAUCUGAAUUACCCCCGGAAGGACGGCAGGAGAGUCGCGAUUGUCGAGCCAGAGGCUCUGAAAUGGGAGGCUAGGAUCGAGGAGGACCAAGAGCAGGCCCUGGUGUUUCACGGUCACUCCAAGUCAGGCGACGUGACGGGGCCAUUGAUUUAUGCCAACUUUGGGUCGAGGGAAGAUUUCAAGCGACUCGACGACGAAGGCAUAUCUGUCAAAGGCGCAGUCGUGCUCGUUCGGUACUAUGGUUCCCAGGGCGACAGGGCGCUGAAGAUCAAAGCGGCAGAACUGGCCGGUGCCGUUGGAUGUAUCAUCUAUUCCGACCCUGCGCAAGAUGGCUUCGUUCAAGGGCCCACAUUCCCUGAUGGGCGGUUCAUGCCGGAAGACGGUGUCCAGAGAGGCGCUGUCAGUCUCAUGUCGUGGGUUGUUGGAGAUGUGCUGACCCCAGGGUGGCCGUCAACUCCCGACAACAAGAGGCGGUUGAAACCUGAAGAGAGUGCCGGUCUCAACAAGAUCCCGUCCAUCCCCAUCUCUUGGAAUGAUGCCAAGCAUUUGCUAGAAGCGCUCAAGGGACACGGCAAGCAAUUCUCAGGUGACUGGGUUGGCGUCCCCGAGGUCGAAUACUGGACGGGAAACCAAGAUUCCCCAAAGGUCAACCUGAAGAACAUACAGGAUGAAGAGACCAAGCAGCCCAUCUACAACGUCCUCGGCAAAAUGUCAGGCUGGGAACAGCCCGAGAAGAAAAUCGUUGUCGGAAACCAUCGUGACGCUUGGUGUACCGGGGCGGCGGACCCAGGUAGUGGCACGGCCAUCAUGCUCGAAAUCGUGCGCGUCUUUGGUGAGCUACGCCGGCUUGGUUGGCGACCACUGCGCACGAUCGAAUUCGCGAGUUGGGACGGCGAGGAGUACAAUCUGAUCGGCAGCACAGAGUACGUCGAGAACCGCGAGACCCAAUUACGCGAGGACGGGGUCGCCUACCUCAAUGUCGACGUCGGCGUGACAGGCGCCGACUUCCACGCCGCGGCCUCGCCAUUAUACGAGCACCCGUUGAUGCACGUCAUCAAUCGCGUGAGUGAUCCUUCGACAGGGAAAUCCAUCCGCGAGAUCUGGGACGAGCAGGGCCGUCAAAUCGCAGGCCUCGGCGCAGGCAGCGACUUUGUCGCGUUUCAAGACAUUGUCGGCACAUCCUCGAUCGACAUGUUCUUCAAGGGCGCCAAGUUUCCCUAUCACUCUUGCUACGACAAUUUCGAGUGGAUGGCAAGGUACGGUGACCCGGACUGGAGCUACCAUAAAGCCAUGGGCGAGAUCUGGGCACUCUUGAUCCUCGAGUUGGCCGACAAACCCCUCCUCUCGUUCCAGGUGACCUCCUACGCCUCCGCUCUGGCGAAGUACGUCGACGACCUGGACGCCUACGCCAAAGGCCCAGCCGAUAGUCAAUCCCUGGAUUUCUCCCGCCUACGCGAGGCGACCGACUUUCUAUCCCAACAAUCCCAACAAUUCCACACCUUCGAUCAAUCGUGGCGGGACUUUGUCUUCGGGUCCGGCGGCUUCGAGUCCAGCGCGAUGGGCGCGGCUCGGAUCGACCACAAUGACCGCCUAGCGCAGUUUGAAACCCACCUGCUGGAUUUACGGGACGGCGGCGGACUCGCAAACCGAACGCAGUUCAAACACGUGGUGUUUGCGCCGCAGGUUUGGAGUGGGUAUGACGACGCCACGUUCCCGGGCGUGAGGGACAUGAUUGAUGUGGGUAACUGGGACGGAGCCCAGGUGCAGGUCGAGAUGAUUGCGUCGAUCAUCAAGGAUGCAGCGACGAAGCUCAACACGUAG